CUUGCAUUCGAAGGGUUAGCAGUUUGCUAAAAAAGGAAAUUGAGGAAAAAAAGAGCUUCCGUUCUGCAGGUUUCUUUCAACUCCCCUUUUCCAUUCAGUUGUCAUGGGGUUGAUCUUGUGGUUUGUCGCGCUACAAGCACUACUAAUACAGCUUGUCGUUGCCCAGCGCAUCGUUGCAAUGGGCGAUUUGCAUGGAGAUCUUCUCCGGACAUUGGCGAUAAUGCGGUUUAGCAAUAUUAUCGAUCAUGAAGGACAUUGGGCUGGUGGUGAUACUAUAUUUGUUCAAACUGGCGAUAUCGUAGACCGUGGAGAUGAUACUAUAAAGCUGUACGAAUUGAUCCAGCGCUUACAAGCAGAGGCUCCUGCACAAGGUGGACGCGUUGUUUCCUUGCUUGGUAACCAUGAGAUCAUGAACCUUUCAGGAGACUGGAGAUAUGUGAGCACCGGUGACAUAAAUUCUUUUGGCGGCAAAGAGAACCGCGUAAAGGCGUUUUCGCCAGAGGGUUGGAUUGGAGGAGAUCUAAUCGAGAAAAAUCUGACAGCCAAGGUUGGCUCUUCCAUUUUCGUACACGGAGGAAUACAUCCGUCGUUUGCACAGGAUGGGAUCGAAGGCAUCAACUUGAAAACGCGCCAAACGCUGUUGGAUUACAUCGGAUCGCGCGGUCGACAUGAUCCAUAUGGAGUCUUUGGGGGACUUGGCCCAACCUGGUAUCGAGGAUAUGCUUUGGAUGACGGUAUCUGUCCAGUGCUUGAAGAGGCAUUGGCUUUGCUCGAGGCCGAUCGGAUGGUGAUGGGCCAUACUGUGCAAAGAGAUGGCUUUAUCCACACACGAUGUGGUGGCAAAGCUGUAUUGAUUGAUAUCGGAAUAAGCCACGUUUACGGUGGUCAUUAUGGGGCUCUGGAAAUUGUGGGUGAUGAGUUAACGGCAAUCUACAAAGAUGGGAAACGAAAGCCCCUUGGUACGCGUCCUAAGAUGAUCCAUCAGGAGCUAUAGUGGAAACAUUAAAAUUGUGUAUACAGAGACUGUGACGAACUAAUAUAUGACUCGAGAGAGUGAUAUACACAUUUAUCUUACACAAUUUCAAAAACCACUACGUGCUAUUACAUAAAACAAAAUCCAGUAUAUAU